CGUCUAUGCUACUGAUGACGCGAAGGUUGCUUAUGUAAUGAGCUUAUUGACAUGUCAGGCGGCGUCAUGGGCUAUGGCGAUGAGCGACGCAAAGCCGAACCUCCGGUCUUCUUUCCCCGGCUUCGUAGCAGCGUUUCGCCGGGUGUUCCACCAUCCCGGGGCAGAGAGGCUGAGGGCCGGCUAAUCGAACUCCACCAGGGGAGGCGAUCCGUAGCGGACUACUUGAUUGAGUUCCAGAUUUUGGCCGCCCAGAGUGGCUACGAGGACAGGGCGCUCUGUGGAUUGUUUCGUCGCGGAUUGAACACCCAGCUCAAGGACGAACUAGCGACCCGCGACAACAGUUCCGACCUGGAGGAGUUAAUAGAUCUCUCCCUACUGUUGGACAACCGCAUGAGAGAGAGAAGCCGGGAGCGUGGAGGUGGUUGGUUCCCAUUCCGGCAUGCUACGUACCGUGGGGGAUCCUGCGAGAUGCUUCGGGCAGCUGGGUCCGGAGACCACCCCGAUCCCGGAAUGCUGUCACCGGGGAGGAGCCGAUGCAGCUUAGUGGCGGAUGUUCCAGAUCGCAGGAGAGACGGCGCCGGUUCAACGAUCGGGCCUGGUCUGACAGCGGCCUACAAGGACAUCACGCCGCUCCCGGUCCUCCUGAACCUCAGCCAUCUACAUUCACCGAGUACUAAGUGGACGCAUCGGAUUCGGGAGUGGGGGCGGUCUUGUCCCAGCGUUCCCCGGUCGACCAGAAGUUGCACCCCUGCGCCUUUUUCUUUCGUCGACUCGGUGUCGCCGAGUCAAACUACGACGUGGGCAAUCGAGAACUGCUGGCUGUGUUCGCAGCCCUACAAGAAAGGCGACACUGGCUUGAGGGGGCUAAGGAGCUAUUCACUGUAUACACGGACCAUAAGAAUUUGGAAUAUACCGCUCCGCCAAAGGACUGAACUCCCGUCAGGCCCGAUGGGCCCUACUAUUAACCCGGUUUAAUUUCACCCUCUCAUACUGUCCGGGAUCCAAGAACACCAAGCCUGAUGCCCUCUCCCGUCUCCACGACCCUGCGGAAAGGUACCGAACGCCGGAGGCCAUUCUCUCGGCUCAUUGCAUCCUGGGGGCGUUGAGGUGGGAGAUUGAGCGGAGAAUACAGGAAGCUCAAGAUGGGGUCCAGGUCCCGCCUGACUGGCACGCGGGGAAGCUGUUUGUGCCCCCACCGCUGUGUUCGGAGGUAUUGCAGUGGGGGCACAGGUCCAAGGUGGCUUGCCAUCCCGGGGUGAACCGGACUGUGCAUCUCAUCGCCCAGCGGUUCUGGUGGCCGGAGCUUCGGAAGGAUGUGGUGGAAUACAUCAAUGCCUGCUCCUCCUGCGCCUGCGGCAAGGCCUCGCAUCGGCCUCCGGCGGGAUUGCUCCAGCCAUUACCCAUUCCUCCUCGACCUUGGUCCCACAUCGCCCUGGACUUUGUCACGGGCCUUCCUCCAUCCCGUGGGCGGUCUGUCGUUCUCACUAUCGUGGACCGAUUCUCAAAAGCUGCCCACUUUAUUCCCCUGUCCAAGUUGCCGUCGGCGUUGGAGACCGCCGACCUCCUCAUCAAACACGUUUUCCGUCUCCAUGGCAUCCCUUUGGACAUAGUGUCGGACCGGGGGCCCCAGUUCGUGUCCCGAGUGUGGAAGCGGUUCUGCCGGUCCCUCGGGGCCACGGCCAGUCUGACCUCUGGAUAUCACUCACAAUCCAAUGGACAAGCGGAGCGCGCCAACCAGGAUCUGGGGGCAGCCCUCCGCUGUGUGUGUCUCCACCGUCCCUCCUCCUGGGCCGACCACUUACCUUGGGUGGAGUAUGCACACAACACCCUCGUCUCUUCAGCCACUGGAAGGUCCCCCUUCAUGACGUCCUACGGGUAUCAACCACCGCUGUUCCCGUCCCAGGAGGGACAAAUAGAGGUUCCUUCUGUGCAGUGGCCACCUCAAGCGGGCCCAUCACGUGUGGAGGAAGGCUAGAGCCGCACUGUCCCGCAUGGCGAACCGGAACCGUCAGAUCGCGGACCGUCGUCGGCGACCGGCACCAACCUACGAAGUGGGGCAGGAGGCGUGGCUGGCGACGAGGGACCUGCGCCUGGCCGGCACGUCCGCGAAAUUGGGGCCCCGAUUCACCGGGCCGUUGGUGGUAGAGUCGGUUGUCAGCCCCGUCGCGGUCAAGCUCCGGCUGCCGGCCACCAUGAAGGUUCACCCCCUGUUCCACGUCUCCCUGUUCAAACCGGUGGCGACCAGUCCCUUGGCUCCUUCUCCCACUCCGCCCCCUCCUGCGCGGGUCGUCGAUGGUGACCCGGUGUACACGGUACGGGCCAUCCUGGACUCUCGGCGCAGGGGAAAAGGGUUCCAGUAUCUGGUUGACUGGGAGGGCUACGGGCCGAAGGAUCGGCAAUAGGUCCCCCGCUCCUGGAUCCUUGAUCCGUCCCUUCUUCGUGACUUCCACACAUCUCACCCGUCCAAACCGGGUAGGCCGCUGGGAGGCGUCCGUUGGGGGGUCACUGUCACGUUCCGGAUUCGACAGCAGGGGGCAGGCGUUCUUGCUUGCCGCCUGCACACCUGCCAACCAUUUGUUGGUAAUUGCACCUA